GCUGUCACCUACGGGCUUUGUCCCCCAUCCACGGCCCCGCUGUGCCGAUCCUGGCACAUCCCCGCCGUGUCCCCGUGCCCGGACCCCAUCAGGGCCAGCGGUGGCCCCGUGCCCGUUGCCCCCACCCUCAUUUCCCGGUGCUGCACAGAGGUCUCAUUGCUGCGCUGUGUACACUGAGCCCUUUCAGGCAGUUCUGGCACCGCUGGGCUGGAACGGGCUCGGGACAUUUUGGCUGCCCAAUUAAAGCUGGCCUUAAUUAGCAGCCUCCCUGCGCUGCCAGGCCUCCUGGGGUGCACCUCAUCGUGCCCCACAGCGUCGCACCCAGGACCCGCAGCGCCCCACAGCACCGCACUCGCGCUGCGUCCUGCUCUGCCCCGCGUUUUACCCCCGCUCUCUGCGGGCGCUGCCAGCACUCGGCGCCGGCUGCCAGCGCUCGGCCGCCCCCGCUGGGCGCCACAAAGCCCGGCUUUGUGCUGCACGGCCUCCGGCCAACGCCGAGGCCAUAAAACCCCAUCGCGGCGCACGUCGCGCCCACCUCCGCCAUGGAGAGCCGCCGGUUGUCCUACGGCCGCCGCUUCGGCCCCAGCGGCUCUGCGUGGAGCCCCUCGGAGCGGCUCCGUUCCCGCGGCGCUCUGCCCGCACCCCGCACGUCGGGCAGGGUGGAUUUCUCGUCGGUCAACGUCCUCAACUCGGAGUUCCGGGAGAUCCGCACCAACGAGAAGGUGGAGAUGAUGGAGCUGAACGACCGCUUCGCCAGUUACAUCGAGAAGGUGCGGCUGCUGGAGCAGCGCAACAAGGUGCUGGUGCUGGAGCUGAACAGGGCGCGGGAGCAGGAGCCGUCCCGUCUGGCCGAUGUGUACCAGGAGGAGCUGCGGGAGCUGCGGCGCCGCGUGGAGCUGCUGGGCACCGCCAAGGCGCGCGCGGAGGUGCAGAGGGACGGCCUGGCUGAGGAGCUGGGGAGUCUGCGGGAAAAGCUGCAGCAGGAGGUCACCCUGCGGCUGGAGGCCGAGAGCACCCUGGCUGCGUACCGGCAGGAUGUUGAUGCUGCUGCCCUGGCUCGCCUUGACCUGGAGCGUCGCGUAGGGUCCCUGCAGGAUGAGGUGGCCUUCCUCCAGAAGGUGCAUGAGGAGGAGCUGCGGGAGCUGCAGGAGCAGCUGGCCCAGCACCGGGUGCACGUGGAGGUGGAUGCCAGCAAGCCAGACCUGACGGCAGCACUGCGCGAUAUCCGCACACAGUACGAGGCCAUGGCUGCCAGCAACAUGCAGGAGACUGAGGAGUGGUACAAGUCCAAGUUUGCAGACCUGACAGAUGCAGCUGCCCGGCACGCAGAGGCCCUACGUGCAGCCAAGCAUGAGGCCAACGAGUACCGGCGGCAGCUCCAGGCCCUCACCUGCGACCUGGAGGCUCUGCGGGGCUCGAACGAGUCCCUGGAGAGGCAGCUGCGGGAGCUGGAGGAGCGCUACGCACUGGAGACGUCUGCCUACCAGGACACGGUGGGACGGCUGGAGGAGGACAUCCGCAGCCUCAAGGAGGAGAUGGCGCGGCACCUGCAGGAAUACCAGGACCUGCUCAACGUCAAGCUGGCCCUCGACAUCGAGAUCGCCACGUACCGCAAGCUGCUGGAGGGCGAGGAGAGCAGGAUCACCGUCCCUGUGCAGAGCUUCUCCAACCUGCAGAUCCGAGAGACCAGCCUGGACACCAAGUCUGUGUCAGAAGCUCAUUUGAAGAGGAGCAUUGUGGUCAAAACGGUGGAGACGAGAGAUGGAGAGGUGAUCAAGGAGUCCAAGCAGGAGCACAAGGAGGUGGUGUAGGUGUGAAGCCACAGCCACGCUUGUAGCCGUAGCUCCGUAGAUCCCACCUGAUGCUGCGAGGGAGCCCUGCAGUGGGGCCGGAGACAUAGGAGAAACCCACCCUCAUCUCCCCCACCACCCCACGCCCCCGGGACCCCUGCGUUGGUCCAGUCAGGACUGAGAUAUGGGGGCAAUGCUCCCCACUUCCCACCUCAUUGGUCCAUGAGGCCACCUCGAGUUUCCCCACCGUGUCCUGGGCAUCCCUGGGAGGGAUGGAGGGGACGUGGCACUGCAUGGCCAGGGAUGUUUUACUGUUGUCGAGCAGCAGUUGGGCUUAGCCAAGAGGUGCAGGCAGGAGGAAGAGGAGGAUGGAGCAUACGGGGAGGCAGGUCGAUGUUGGGAUGGGGAGAAGGGUGACGGAGUGGGGCCUGAGCAGGGUGCCUGGGGAUGCAGAGCGGUUGUGGGGCUGGAGCAGCAAUGGGCACAGCAGCGUGGGAGUCCUUGUUGGCUUUCCUGGACACAGCGCCAUGGGGCUGUUUUGACCCUGAUGGGAUGCAGCACACUGAGAUGCCUCCAUCUCCAGAGAUGAGGAGACAGUCCAGGGGGCUCAUGGCCCGAGCCCAGCUCUGCAUGGCCAUUCUGGAGGGGUUGGAAGAAAUCUGUUGUCCCUCAGCACCGUGCGGCCCUGUCUCCUGUGCGCUCUCCCACUGCAUGUCACCCACCUGGGGCCCCCGCAGACCCCAUACUCACUUUAUUUUAGCCACUGACCAUGAGCUAAACGUGCCCUGCUGCCACCUAACACAGCAGCACCCACUCAUCAGCACUCCCCUUACUCCAUAAGUUCAGCCCAUGGGGUGCCACUGGGGUGCUGCCUCCUCACCCCACUUAUCUCCACAUCCCCCAGCUCAGCUCUGAGCUUUGCAGAUCCUGGUUCCACAGGGGCCAUUCCCAGGGCAGGAUGUGUUACGGGGUGACAGUGCCAGGGGUCACUUUGUCCCCCAUGAGCUGGAUGGCGCUUUGCAGCCCUUACUGCUACUGGAUUAAUGCCCUAACGCUGCAACAACAUGAGGUGUGAAAUAAAGCCUAA